GGCCCAAUCGCCACCGGGAAUGCAGAACCCCGUCCCCUGCCGUCCCGUCGCCCAACCUGACCGAAGCCGCCUCCGUUUGGGCGCCAAAAGGCAUCGCCACCUCCGUCUCAGGGCCGCCUCGCCGCCGCCAGACCAGUCGGGAUGUCGAAGAAGAGGGGUCUUUCCCUGGAGGAGAAACGAGAGCAAAUGCUUCAAAUAUUUUAUGAGAGCCAAGACUUCUAUCUGCUUAAAGAGCUUGAGAAGUUGGGUCCCAAGAAGGGAGUGAUCAGUCAGUCCGUGAAGGAUGUUGUGCAAAGUCUGGUGGAUGAUGAUCUUGUCUUGAAAGACAAAAUAGGGACUUCUGUUUACUUUUGGAGUCUUCCCAGCUGUGCUGGAAACCAGCUGAAGAAUACUUACAACAAGCUGGAAUCUGAUCUUUCAAACUCUAAAAAGCGUUAUGUGGAGCUUGUUGAACAUAGAGACAACUUGAAAAGAGGCAGGGAGGACUCUGAAGAGAGAGAAGUGGCAUUGGGGGAGCUAAAGGCUGUAGAGCUGCACCACAAGAAGCUCAAGGAAGAAUUGGCUGCUUAUGCUGAUAGUGAUCCUGCUGCACUAGACGCAAUGAAGGAUGCUAUUGGUGUUGCUCAUUCAGCAGCUAACAGAUGGACAGACAAUAUCUUUACUUUGCAACAAUGGUGUUCAACUACAUUCCCACAAGCAAAAGAGCAACUUGAACACAUGUACAAGGAGGUGGGGAUAACUGAAGACUUUGAGUAUCUGCAGUGAUGUCCAGCAGCCUGACCUAUUUGCUGUUGGUGCAUUGUAUGUAACCCCGUCAGCACAAAAUGUUGAAUCUAGAGUAGGUACAAGUUCACCCGUACUGGAGCCAAUUGAGCAGAUACUGCAGUUGUCUGACAGUAAAUGGUCUAAGUAUCUUUCACAUGUUUUGCAAUGUAAAUCAGAUACCUACUGAAUGUUGUCAGGAGAAAUGUUCAGUCAAAUGCCGGAUUGACACCAUUCCCGUUCCGACAAAACAGUAGUACAAGACCCAAGAAUCCAUGAAUGCGGCAGAUUCAUGUAAGAGAGUGGUGAUUCGAGUAUUUGUCGAAAUAUAUCUUUGGAUACACAAGUAAACUUGUACAAAAGGAUUAAUCAAGAAGGUGAUAAGAAUAUUAAACCUUCAA